GCAGCUGCAUUCACCGUGUCUUCUCCUCAGACUCCACCACCACCACCAACAACCAGACCCGGCGUUGCAUUUCAACCUUCUUUUUUUCCCUCUUUGGCGAGCGAUAAAGGAUUAAUUUCACCUGCUUUAUCAGAAAGCGCUGACAGCUUUACGAAUUUAUUUCGUUUUUGCUUGCGACGGAACUGUCAAACGGACAAAAAGUAAAUAAAAAUGCGUCUCAUCCAGAACAUGACGACCAUUGCGGAGUGUACAGCACCUGAAUACCCGGUCCCCAACCGGGCCAUCAAAAUAUCUGUGAUAGGAGGCAGCGGAGUGGGAAAAACAGCACUCGUUGUGAGAUUCCUCACGAGGCGAUUCAUCGGAGACUAUGAGCGAAAUGCUGGUAAUCUGUACUCCAGAGAAGUCCAGGUGGAUGGAGAACAAGUGACCAUCCAGGUUCAGGACACUCCUGGUGCAGAGAUGACUGAUAACGGUGUCAACCUACCCGACCACGUGACCUGCUCCAUUCAGUGGGCCGACGCCGUGGUGCUGGUGUACUCCGUGACGGACCGCCGCAGCUUCGAUUUGAUCAACCAGUUGCACCAGCUGGUGGUCCGCACCGGCGCCGCCAGCAUGCCCCCCGUCAUCCUGCUGGCCAACAAGGCGGACCUGGUGCACCUGCGGCGCGUCGACUCCCAGCAGGGGCCCGUCCUGGCGGGAACGCUGGGCUGCUCCUUCUACGAGGUGUCCGCCAGCGAGGACUACAGCCAGGUGCACGGCGCCUUCCACAGGCUGUGCUGCCAGCUCGCCAAGCAGCCGGCCCCGGCCUCCAGCUCCUCGCACGCCUCCCCCGGCGCCACCACGGAGAAGAGGCGCUCGCCCCUCAUCCCGAGGCCCAAGUCGCCCAACAUGCAAGACCUGAAGAGGCGCUUCAAGCAGGCGCUGUCGGCGAAGGUCAGGACUGUCACGUCGGUGUGAGGGCGCGCCGAGAGAUUUGAAAGUGGUCCAGAGCGGCCACGCAGAGGAAGCUUUGAAUGAGGAAGAGAAAAGAGAACAGAGGAUUCUCAACUUAAAUCCUGUACCACUCCCUGAAGAACGCGGGUGUGAGAUGAACAGUCUUAGCAUCCACAUAGCGGGCUGAUGAAUCUUUACAGAGGUCAUGACCUCGAGGCGGGCAGGAGGCUGUCCGAUGAUGUGGGAGAGAAGCAGUGAGGGGGAGAGACAACAAACCUGAGGACACAGAAAAGCCGCCACCUGAGGCUGAAGUGAACCACAAAGUCUGCACAUAUAAAAAAAAAAAAACUGUUAAUCAAACUCUCCUGGCAACAGCAGCUCUGAAGGACUGCUUAUUUUUAGCUGUGCCGCCAAUCAUGGCUGUUCUUUAUUCAGACUCUGCCACUGCUAAAUGCUGGUAUUAUUAUACCAACCACUUUAGCCAGGGUCCUGUGCAGCUGUGUGCGCUCAGUCUCUUUCAUGUCAGUAUGUGCAGUGUGUGUAUAUAUACAUAUAUAUUUUUUUUCUUUUGCAGUCUUCACAACCGUCUCUGCGAUGAGAGGAAGGGGUUUGGAGUAUUGUAUAGGGGCAGCAGAGUAUGUAGCAUGUUGGUUAAGUGUUGGUUAAAAUCACUUAUGCACUUUAUUAAAAGAAAAAAGGAAAAGUCCGAAGGGCUUAUUGUUAUUUAUUUGCUAUGAAUUCACUUUUUUUUUGUGCACAAUAAAAUGACGAUGGAUCUAAAAUGAA